AUGGCCAACCUCCAUUUUGAUUCUUUACUAACUUAUUUUCUCUCGUUUUUGGCCAUCGUUAACCUCUCGUCCUCCACUCGGACCUUCGAAAACCCAGUUCGAAACCGCCACCAUAGCCAUCAUAAGCUUUCGUUUUUAAUGAGAGAUGUGUUCGAUUCAACUUCUCGCUCCUCUACGUCCAAGUUCCCAGCAAACACCAAAACAACGACUAAUCAAUUACCAUUUUCAAAACCCUUAGGGUUUUUUCUACCCAGGGGAGGAAUUCCUAUACCUGAAGUCUACACCACGACGACGACGACAUCUCCUACUACUGGAAUCUCUGCUCAAACACCUGAUCUAUCAACAAUUGGAAUAUCGUUUCCUGUUAGGGCGAUUCUCCAAGAGUUAGAGUACGGAAUUGUGAGAGAGAUUGAUGAAGAGUUGUUCAAAACUUCGAGUCGUAAACCACAUGUAGUUGUUGGGAGAAUAAAAGGGUUGUACGUAGAAAACAACGGAAAUAGUGGUGAGCCUAUGAUAGCUAUGAGGGUGUAUCUUGGUAACGGUGAGAUUAAAGAUGGGUUAAAAAUGUUUGGCGUGUAUAAAAGUAAUCACGUGAAAGAGUCUCAUAUUACUAUAAUCGGUGGCAUGGGCAAGUACCUUGGCGCUAAUGGAUAUGCAACUUUGAAGAAAUCAUUUAGAACAAAGUUGGGAGCAAAUUAUAACAAGUUCAUGGAGUUGAAUGUUUACUUGAGCAAAUAG